AGCUAACGUUCAUAUUUAACUGUUUAUAACCGCUGCUGUUGUAUUAACUGGCAUCUGUAUUUAACCAUGUUUUGUGCAGCUAAAAAAGCAAGCCUGCCUUCAAUAAGGUCGAAUUCCAAAUGGCUUUGUGCGAAGACAAUUAUUAACCGCUGGCUACUGUGUUAAGUCCGCCAUAUUGGAAGGGGCAAGGUUGUAACGCAACGCAAAUCUGUAACGAGCUGCGGUUUGUCCCAUUUUAUCAAACUGUUCUACGUUUAUUGUAUGAUUCCGCAAAGUAUGUUGUGCUGGUUUGUCUACUUUAUUACUGUGACUUUAUCGGAAAAUGCGUUUGGCUUGUCAGCCGCCAUAUUGGAACGGAUGAGACUCCCCCCAUAUUGGAAGGGGCAACGCAAGUCUGUUGAGAGAUGCGAUGUUCUGCUAUGGCGGUGUUUCAGAGAUUUCAGCGGCUCCAGACGCUGCAUGUUGCUCCCAGGAGGCUAAAACCACAAACCUGCAACGUGACUGUACACAGAACUGUCACGGAACGGAUCCAGCAGCGACAUGCACACGAUGUUGUCCCAACUCGGCGACCUUUCUCCCGAGUCACAUCUGAUGACCUCAGUUUCUUCAACGACCUUCUCCCAGGAAGAACCAUCACAGACCCGGACAUGUUGGAGUCCUGUAAUGUCGACUGGCUCAAGACUGUGAAAGGUAGUAGUGAGGUUCUGUUACGGCCCAAGACAACAGAAGAGGUCUCUCAGAUCCUCAGGUAUUGCAACAAGAGGAACCUGGCCGUGAGUCCUCAGGGUGGAAACACGGGGCUGGUGGGAGGAAGCGUUCCCGUGUUCGACGAGAUCAUCCUCUCCACUGCACUUAUGAACCGAGUCCUCACCUUCGACAGCAUCUUGGUUAUUUUCACAGGGAUUUUGACGUGUCAGGCGGGCUGCGUGUUGGAGAGCCUGUCUCAAUACGUGGAAGAGCGCGACUUCAUUAUGCCUUUGGAUCUGGGGGCAAAGGGCAGCUGCCACAUCGGGGGCAACGUGUCCACCAAUGCGGGCGGGCUUCGCCUACUGCGCUACGGCUCUCUCAGAGGGACAGUCCUGGGCCUGGAAGUGGUGCUGGCUGACGGCAGGGUUUUGGACUGUCUUGCAAAAUUACGAAAGGACAACACGGGCUACGAUAUGAAGCAGCUCUUCAUCGGUUCCGAGGGAACGCUUGGGGUGGUCACUGCCGUGUCCAUUCUCUGCCCUCGGAAACCCAAAUCUGUAAACGUUGCCUUCUUAGGCUGCUCGAGCUUCCAGAACCUUCUGGAGACGUUUCAGAUUUGCCGCGGGAUGCUGGGAGAAAUCCUCUCGGCGUUCGAGUUCCUAGAUGCGUCAUGCAUGAGCCUUGUGGAGAAACAUCUCAAGCUCACCAACCCCAUCGCUGAGAGCCCUUAUUACAUCGUCAUCGAGACGGCUGGAUCUAAUGCAGCGCACGACGAGGAGAAACUUCACGACUUCCUAGAGAAGGUCACGGCGUCUUCGCUGGUUGCGGACGGUACUGUUGCGACAGAGGAGGCUAAAAUAAAGGCGCUUUGGUCUAUUAGAGAGCGGAUCACCGAGGCUCUAAGGCACGACGGAUACACGUACAAAUACGACGUCUCUCUUCCCCUGGAGAAAAUCUACGAUCUGGUCACUGACAUGAGAGAGCAUCUGGGAAACCAAGCGAAGAACGUAGUGGGCUACGGACAUGUCGGUGACGGCAACCUUCAUUUGAAUGUCACGUCUCCCUCUAAAGACGAAGCGCUCCUGGCAGCCAUUGAGCCGUACGUGUACGAGUGGACGUGGAAGUGGCGGGGAAGCAUCAGCGCCGAACACGGCCUCGGGCUCAAGAAGAGAAACUACAUCUACUACAGUAAAUCCCAGGAAGCCGUACGCCUCAUGAGGGACUUCAAGGCCAUGCUGGACCCCAAAGGGAUUCUCAACCCGUAUAAGACACUUCCUGAUGACGUUCGCUGACUCGUGGAAACGUUUUCACCUUUUUAAUCCUGCGCUGAAAUAAAGGUAUUUUAUCAAUCUGAGAACAUGUCCUUACACGGGCCUGCUCCUUUCAGUCAUUUUAUAACCACUCCCUCACACCGCUUGAGUCCACCCCCCUGCUAACAUGCUAAUGUAACAUUUUAGCACUCCUAAGUGCUUGUAACUAAGGAAAAAAAAGGACAGCGACUGCACGCUCUCAUAGAUCAUUCUCAUGUUAUCAUUAUAAGCCAUGUUUAUGGUGUUACAUAGCACGCUUGAACCACUUGAUCUGGGGGGUGGAGCUUUGUGUACAUGGAUUAAAAUACAUUCGAAUCAUCUUCUGCUCCACCUACUUAACCGUUACAGACUGAAUCUUGACAAAAUGUGAGAAAUAUUACCUUUGACAUGUCAUACUAGCAAAAUUAUUAUUAUUAUUUUUAAAUAUUAUGAAAAUCUUGAGUAUUGUACCUUGAUUGUCAAAUUUUUUUAGUCAACUGUUUUUAUUUUAUUUUUUUUUGCAGUUUGCACACUGCUAAACUGGUAGAUACAUUUGCAUCGUAGCUGUAGCACAAAAUAAACCAAGCACACUUUUU